CAUUUAUCGAAAAUUAGAAUGACUGGAAAAGUGAAAAAAAUCCUUUUUGCUAUUAGAAGAAGGUCGAGAUCAACAUCUCUUCCUACAAUACCCGAAACACCUGUGAGUAUCAGUUUAUUGUAUUUUUCAUUAUAUUUACUCAGAAUUGAGUACUGAGUAAGAACGUUACCCAUGAAACCGAUUACGGGACAAAAUUAGUUUAAGAGUGGAGCAUGGCCGGUGUGGAAGUUAGAAAAAGACACCCGGCUGAAGGCGAAAAUGAGCCCCAGGACGAGCUACUGAGGGAGAAGGAAGAGAAGAAAGAGAAGAAAUUCUUUGCCGCCUUUUUAAAGUAUCCCGUAGAUUGGCUUGCGCGGCGCCGUCGUAGGGCGUCCGAGGAACGUAAAAAGAAUAUAGACGAUGAUGAUAGAACCUCGGAAGCUAAAUUGUGGUAUAGGAGGAAAUUUUUUGUCGAUAGGCCUAGUGCAGAAAAUUUAAUAGGCUGGAUGGACGAAAAUGACAGGAUAAUCAUUGGUGAAGAUAGACGGCGUUGUGUUAGUGAAAGUAGUGUGUUGAGCGAUGCCCUAGCUAAGGUUGAGCAAGAAAAUUUUGAUAGGAUUAGACUGAAAUUGGAUAUGAAUGAUGAAUUAGUAUUUGUAAAAUUUAUGAAAGCUCACAAGUGCUAUCAUGUGAUACCAACUAGUUCUAAGUUGAUUAUAAUGGAUCUUGAAUUAAAUGCUAGAAAAGCUUUCUUCGCUCUUAUCCGUCAGGGAAUUCGUGCAGCUCCAGUCUGGGACUCAAAGAAGCGUUAUGUAAUGGGCCUACUAACUAUGAAUGAUUUUAUAAGGGCACUCCAUAAAUUCUAUACAACACCCGAACUAAAAUUUGAACAAUUCGACGGCAUGACAGUGAGAGACGCGUAUUUUGAAGUAAAACGGCCUUUUAUUCGAAUAGACGCCGAAGCUAGUUUAAUGGAUGCUGUUAAAACUUUAAUAGACAAUAGAAUUCACCGGUUACCCGUUGUAGACGCGUCAACUGGAGACGCCUUAUUUGUUCUCACUCUUAAACGAAUUUUAAGAUAUUUGUUUCUCCAUUUGUUCGAUAUGACCCAACCUGAGUUUUUGGAAAAAUCAAUAGAAGAACUAAAGGUUGGAACGUUUAACGACAUAAUUUGCAUUCAGGAAAAUUCGGCAGUGAUUGAAGCUUUACGUUUAUUUAUCGAAAGGAAAGUUUCUGCAUUGCCAGUUAUCAAUUCUUCAGGGAUUUGUAUUGAUAUCUUUACAAAGUUUGAUGCUAUAGAAAUGGCUGCAAACGGAUCUUAUGCCGAUUUGGAUAAAGAAAUACAUGCAGUUUUUAAUAAUAAAAUGAAACACACCAGGCAGAUCGUUACUUGCAAAAGAACAGAUAGUUUACGAACAGUUAUGGAGAAAUCUGUACUGGCUGAAGUUCAUAGGUUGAUUGUUGUAGACGAUGAUAUGAAAGUUGAUGGUAUCAUAUCCUUGACUGAUAUUUUAACUCAUAUAAUUCUCAGGCCUUAUUUGGCGAAUGGAAGGAGAGCUUCUGAGAAGCCAAACGACUAGAUGAAUAAGUUUUAAAGAAGAUGGUUUUUUUGAAAAUGAAUUACGUAUUUUCUUGGUUAUUUUCUUUUUUGUAUUCUCAGUUUUCGAUAUUAAUCGACGUAUAUAGUACUUUAUUAUCUAUCUCUCUAUCUGUCCAUCUAUCCUCUAUUUUUUUCCCCUACGACCCGUUUUUCAGCUAAACCUUGUUUCCUUGCCUCGCUUAGUUUACUUUCCUCAUUUUUUUUUUCAUUUUGUCUAUACCUACAAAACAAAAACGUCACUAAAUUGAAUAUUUACAAUAAUAAUAUCACUUGAAUCGUCAGAAUGCAAAAAAGAAAAGAUUUCAAAAUAAUUUAACACAAAAAACUACCCAAUUCUAAUGUUUUUACAUUGUUUUUCCGUUUAUUUGUAGUAGUAAAGUACAAUUCUUGUACUCAUUUUGCGUCCUAUUUUCUCUAUGGAUGUUAUUAGCAUCGAUUAAUUAAGUGCUUUGUGUUUGACUUUUAAUUAAUAAAGUCUUCUGAAAAAUAAUCUUUUUUUUCAGUUUAAAAAACAAAAAAGUUUAAUAAAAAAGCAUAAAAUAAAU